UCGCGCACGAAAACCGGAGAAGAAAUUAGAUACGUCCGCGUACUAUUAGACGUCUGACUCAAGAACUGGCGAAGUACUUAACUGUUGUUUCAGUACUGUUUCGGUGUCGGCCGGCGAGACAACGAGAAAGUAAUUUUUAGGUGUGCCGCAUGGUUCCAACUCAGGACUCGCGGUUGAUGUGACGGAGACGUUCCGAUGUGUAUUAUUUUUGAAGUUGUGUGAUCAUUUUUCUAUUUUUGUUUUUGGAAAAUGGGUCCUCUAAAACAAACGAUGACAAUAUUUUUGGCGACAAUAUUAUUAUGCAUAAUGGUGCAAAUCGUCGAAUCGCAACAGUCUCCGUGUCCCAGAAUAUUUCGUUAUGUACCAACGGCUGAUUUGGACAUGUGGCACGGUGAAAUACUGACGUCCUUCGACGACGAUUUGAUCGAUGGGGUUUUUGUCACCCUCGUGUUCGACAGAAACACCAUACAAAUUGGGUCAAAUUUCGGACAACAAAUUUUAAGACGAAGUGAACACGAAUACUUAUUAAGAAACUUGGGACUUGAACUUCCUGCCAAGACUCCUUUGCACAUUAAAUUUUACGUCAAAUAUGAUCCCGCACUACCAAGACCAAAACUGAAAGCUUUCAGAGUAAACGGAAGACCAAUAUGUCCUGAAACUAACACACAACAAAACGAAUACAUUACCAGUAAGCCAGCCAUUCUGGCCUCCAAUCCAGAACAAACUGAACUUGAGUUAGACUUGAGGGAUCAUCCAGAACCGACAGUCACCAAUCAAGGUAAUAAACCUCUUGUAACACAAUUGCAAAGUCAACAGCCGUUAAUCGAUGUUAUAAAAACUUUACUUCAAAAAUUAGAUAACAGAGGUGGCCCACGUGAUGAGACCCCAGACGAACGGUGCGGGUUAGUUUUCUCAAAUCCGGUGGGGUUGAUAGCAAACGGGAAAGAAAGCGCCCCAGGCGAGUGGCCCUGGCACGUGGCAAUUUUGAAGAUUGAAGGUGCCCAAGCUAGUUACAUCUGCGGUGGCACCCUGAUAGGGAAACGACACGUCUUAACGGCUGCCCACUGCGUCAUCCACAAACCCUCGAAUUCGAUUUUGAGCCCGGAAAGUCUGACGUUGUUCCUGGGUAGGAACAACUUGAGGUACGUCAGCCAGAACGAGCAGCAACGCGACGUUUCGGAGAUUUACGUCCAUCCCGACUUCCUCGAAACUGGGCUGAAGAACGACAUAGCUAUUUUGAAGCUGAGCACGCCCAUUAUGUUCACCAAUUUCGUACGUCCCGUGUGUUUGUGGAAGGAGAGCACCAGUUUGGAAACUGUGAUUAACAGAAAGGGUACUGUCAUAGGAUGGGGGUUGGAUGAGAACAAGAAGAUCUCAGCGGUACUACGGAAGGUUGACAUUCCGGUUGUGUCAACGCCGGACUGUCUCUAUUCCAACGUUAACUUCUUCUCCAACGUCCUGUGGCAAAAGAACUACUGUGCAGGCUUCCACAAUGGUACCUCCGUUUGUAACGGUGACUCAGGAGGUGGCAUGUUCUUCCGGAUACCCGGCAGGAACGGGGAAGAGGGCUCGUGGCAGAUCAGGGGGUUGGUCUCCAUUGGGGUCGGUAAUCAGGGUUACAGGAGUGUUUGCGAAAGCAACGAGUAUACAGUCUUCACAGAUGUUGCUCAGUACUUGGACUGGAUUGCAAAUACCAUCAAAAAGUGAUCCCCAUAUGUAUUUUUAUGUAAAUUGUGUUAAAUUAUUCUUUUAUUUUGUAAUAAAGUUUGUGUGAGUGUGUAAAUUUGAAUGAGUUUUUGGGAAUUGACGUUUUUGAAAAUGCCAGGAAAGGACAUUAAUGUACAUAAUUUAAAUACAAGAAGUAAUUGUUAACAUGUAAUUGUUUACCUUGACAUUCUUAUGGUAAUCAACAUUAAUUUUAAUAAAUUUUUACUUAAAUUUUACAA